AUGCCUCUCAGAGCAAAGAUCCUCAGCGCGCCAGCCUCAUCACGCGCGCAAAUGUCCACCUCGAGCGAUAUCCCGAAAGAAUUCAUGGAAAAGCACGAGCAUGACGACCCCGACGAUGUGCUUUUCAACAGCACCUACGGUCUGCGGACGAUCCAGCUUAACCGCCCGAAGAAGCUCAACUCCCUCAACGCCAGCAUGAUCCGCAAGAUCCUGCCCCGGCUAUGGGAGUGGGAGAAGUCCGACAUGGCGAACGUGGUGGUCAUGAAGGGAUCCGGCGAAAAGGCCUUCUGCGCCGGCGGAGACGUCGCCGAGCUGGCCAAGUUCAACAAGGAGAGCAAGGACGGGUGGAAGAUUAGCGCCGAGUACUUUGCUCUCGAGUACAAGCUGGACCACUACAUCGCCACCUACGGCAAGCCGUACAUCGCCUUCAUGGACGGCAUCACCAUGGGCGGCGGCGUCGGCCUGAGCAUCCACGCACCCUUCCGCAUCGCUACCGAGCGCACUGUGUUCGCCAUGCCGGAGACGACGAUCGGAUUCUUCCCCGACGUCGGCGCCUCGUUCUUCCUGCCCAGGAUGCCCGGUUCCGUCGGCACGUACCUCGCCCUCACGAGUGAGUGGCUCACGGGCGCCAACGUCUUUUACUCGGGCGUCGCUACUCACUACCUGCACUCGACAUCCCUGCCCCAGCUCGAGGCCCGUCUGGCCGAGAUUCACUUCGACGACCGCGAUUCCCAGGAGAAGCGUCUGCAGAUCAUCGGCGCGACGUUGGAGGAGUACGCCACCGGUCUGCCGUUCGACGAGCCCAUUCUCCUGGGCGGCGAGCUGCGCGAGGCCAUCGACCGCUGCUUCAGCAAGGGUACCAUUGAGGACGUCAUCGCCGCGCUCAAGGCCGAGGAGGGCGUCACCAAGGAGUGGGCCGAGAAGACCCUGGACACGCUGCACCAGCGGUCGCCGACGGCCGUCAACGUCGCGCUGAGGCAGAUGCGCAUCGGCCGCCAGUGGUCGAUCAAGGAGACGUUCCAGCGCGAGCACCAGAUCGCGACCAAGUUCAUGCAGCACCCGGACUUCAGCGAGGGCGUGACGGCGUUGCUUGUGGACAAGCCCAAGAGGACGCCCGAGUGGCAGCCGGCCUCCCUCGAGCACAUCAAGCCCGAGGACAAGAUCGCCGACCCCUUCUUCGAGACGCAGGGCGAGGAGCUGAAGCUGCUGAACGACCGCGACUACAGGGAGUACCCGUACCCCUACUUCGCGCUGCCGACCGAGCAGGAUGUGAGGGAGGUCGUCCUGGAGGGCCAGCACACGCCCAAGCAGGUGUUGAAGAAGGUUGUGGAUCAGAGGAACGGUCGCCAGGGCGUUGCGGAGGUCGUCAAGGAGAUCCUUGACCGUAAGGUCUACGUGAACGACAAGGGUCGCGCGACCUGGUACUACGAGGAAUAG